CAGCUCCAUUUGCUGAAUUAGCCACGAACCAACGCACUUUUCAAACUUGUCAUCAUCGCUCUUGCGUUUCACGCCACACACUCCCCCGCCGCACCACACGUCGGCCAUGCUCGCUCUUCUCACACAAACGCCUGCCACCCCACCAAACCCCGCUUCUUCUUCUUCUUCGUCUUCAUCUUUUUCUGUUCUCUAUGCCACUUGGCCCCAUACUCCCUUACAUUACUCUUUGUUGUUAGUUUGGCACACCGUAGUACCCCUCGUCCCAUGGCCUCUUCUCUGCAGCAAAAUGUGUUUGGAAUAAGUUCACUUCCUCUUUCUCAGGUCGGAACAAAUAAUUCUUCUGCUUCAUUUCAAGCACAGCGUUUCUGUUGCAGUCGGAAUCCACCGCCACCGCUAUGCAUUGGCGCUGCUGCUCAACCACUGCUUUUGCAUCCAUCGUUUUCAGGAAGGGAGCGAAGUUCAGUGACGAUGGCUGCUUCACUGCAAGGAAGUGAAGCUCCUGCCAAGGAAUCGGAUAAGUGCUUCGAAAUUCCGUCGGGUAGGACUCCUCUAGAGAUGAUUUACCUUGAGGGAAACAGCUGGCUAUGGAUUAUAAAUGGGAUGAAUAUCUUGGUGGAUCCAGUACUCGUAGGAAAUUUGGACUUCGGCAUCCCAUUCUUGUACGAUGCUGCCAAGAAGUCCAAGCUCAUGAAGCAAUUCACCUUGGACGAUCUCCCAAAACUGGACUGUAUCUUAAUCACGCAAGGAUAUGAUGAUCAUUGCCAUAAAAACACACUCACAGCAAUGGUCGAUAAGUUCAGUGAAGUGCGUGUAAUCGCGUCACCGAAUGCGGAGCCCAUCAUGCGGAACAUUGGGUUCCAUAACGUUACAUACUUGGAGCCGCGCGAUAGUACCAUGUUGGGGGAUAUUCGUAUUCGUGCAGUAGAAGGGCCUGUUUUGGGGCCACCCUGGCAGCGACCGGAAAAUGGGUAUUUUUUGGAAGUGGCAGACCCCAAGUUUGUGGUGUACUACGAGCCGCACUGUAUAUUCGGGAAAGCGGGGUUGGAGAAGCAGAGGGCGGAUGUAAUAGUGACGCCAGUGAACAAGCAAGUGUUGCCUGCCUACACCCUGGUGUCCGGCCAAGAGGAUGCGGUCAAGCUCGCCAAGUUUCUUCAACCCAGGUACUUGGUGACCAUGAAGAAUGCGGAGCUAGAUGCGCGAGGGGUUCUGUCUUUGAUCGUGAAGGAAAAAGGAACGGUGGAGUCUUUCAAGGAAAUGCUGGCGCAAGAGGUUCCCAAUUGCCAAGUUCUGGAGCCGGAACCCGGAGUGCCCUUGGAAGUGCCAGUGCUGUCGUUGGCGAGGAAAUGAAUGAGAACGCGGUGCGGACACAUCGCUGAGGGAGGACCAUCGCCGCUACCCCCCCUCACUUUCUGUCUCUGUCUUUCUCUCGCUCUGCAGAUGCUCUCAUCACUUUCAUGCUCAUCCUGUGCUUUGGCUCUGGCUCUGGGGCGUCGCACUCACCCUAGCCGGCAGGAUGUUUGUGCUGCUGCCCACAGAGUUUAAUUCCGAUUGGUGUCUACACAAUAGUUCUUGUCACUA